AUGACGCAACUAAAAAGAUGCCAAGUAAUUACUUUUCUAAAACAAAGGAGGAAGUUAUUUAGCUGUCAAAUAUAUAAUUCGUACAAGUGCAAUUGUGUUUUUGUCAGUGAUUACGAUAAUUACGCUCAACGAGUAUCGGAUUUUUUUGACGAUUUGAUAAAGUGCAAUGCAGUACCAUUAGUUUUGAUCGAUUGUGGUUGCGAGGAUAAGAAACUGCAAACAGUUAUAUCUAGAACUAGAGAAAAGGAAGUUUUCAAAGAUGUUACGAGAAAGAAGAAUAUUCGUCAUGUGCAAUGCUUAUUCGAAGCUGAUAAUGCUAUAGCUACUGUAGCAAGGAUAUUGAAUUGUCCUGUAUCGAGUUAUGAUUCAGAUUUUUAUGUGUUUGGGACAUUGUACAUACCAUUUGAUACAUUGGACAAUUACACGGUGAAAAGUUCAACUGGAAAUGGUUACACGAAACGUUGUAAAAUUUAUAAAGUUGAACACUUAUUAAAUUCUUAUAGAGGUCUAAGUCAAUCUACACUGCCAUUAGCUGCAAUAUUACUAGGCAAUGAUUAUGUAAAACGUGGUACAUUUAGAAACUUCUUUCGUUAUUUAAAGUUACGACGAAUAACAAGAAAAAGGUAUAGUAAUCGACAGUAUUGUAUAGAAGCGACUUUACAAUGGUUGAGUUUAUUUUACACCUUGGACAGAGCAGUCAUUGGAAUACUAUGUAGAUCACCUAAAACCGUAAGACAAAAAAUAUUAAGCAUAAUAGAAAUCAAUAUAAAUGGCUAUACAAAUGCAUCUGCAGAAAUACUUGUUCCAUUGGGGUUUUUACAGGAAUAUGCAGCUCGUGCCACAACACAUUCCAUAAACAGAAUUUUUAAAUUUGAUGGAGAUGUUAAUAGUCUAAUGUACAUGGAAGAAACUGAUAAAAAUGGAGACUUUGAAUCAUCCAAAGAAGAAGAAGAAGAGGAAGAAAACGAAGUUGAAAUAUUAGACAUGCUUAAAGGGGUCAGAAUCUGCUACCAAUAAUGCACUAGCUAAUGUACCUAAUUUGUUUGUAGAUGAAUAUCUUAUGGGCAAUUAUCCUGCAUAUUUUAUGGACUUGUUGGUUCGACGUUUAUAUAUUUGUCAUGUACAAAUAGAGGAUUAUUCCUAUCCAUUGAGCAAUGUAAUAAGUUUAAAAAUUAUUAGAGUUAUAUAUGCAUUUCUGCAAUCAGGAAUGAAUAGAAGGAGAGGUUUCAUGAAAUACAUGAUGAGAGACUGUAAUAAAAAGCUUAAAUGUUACAAAC